AUGACGACCCAAUUCGACCGUAUUUAUCAUGACCUAUCUCCUGAGGUUGGCAAAUUCCGUGUUGCAGCAAGCGGAAUGGCAUGGAAGGGCGAGGAAAGUGAGGCCAUGGUUGCGGUAACAUCCACAGACAUCAAGUGGGCGCAAUGGCUGCGUGUAGCCCGCAACUACCAGCUUCGCGUCGGCUUGAAGGACAGGUCGCGGGAGACGUUCGAUGGCUUCUCGCGCGAGGACCAUGAUAAGCUUGCUCAACUCCUCAGGCAGCACUUCAGUAUCACUCUCGAGACGAAGGAAGUUUCCCUGAAAGGGUGGAACUGGGGCAUGACUGACUUCCAAGGGCAGGACCUCGCCUUCCUCGUCUCCAACAAAACCUCGUUUGAGCUGCCGCUCACGCAAGUCGCCAACUCGAACAUCGCUGGUAAGACAGAGGUCUCCCUCGAGUUCGCUACGCCCUCGAACAAAAAGGCCGCCCGGAACGCGCCCGACGAGAUGGUCGAGAUCCGGUUCUACGUACCAGGCACCCACACGCGCAGCGCGCGGGGCUCCGACGCGGGCUCGCAGAAAUCCGAUGAAGAAGACGAGGAGGAGGAGAUCAGCGCUGCCCAGGCAUUCCACGACUCCGUCAAGGAUAAGGCGGAGAUUGGCCAGGUCGCGGGCGAUAUCAUCCUCAGCUUCGAGGAGGUGCUCGUCCUCACGCCCCGCGGUCGCUACGACGUUGACAUGUUCCCCGAGUUCUUGCGGCUACGGGGCAAGACGUACGACUACAAGAUCAUGUACUCGAGCAUCUCGAGGUUGUUUUUGCUACCCAAGGAUGACCUGCAUGUGCUGUUCAUCCUUGGGCUCAGCAUACCAAUCAGACAAGGACAGACCCGCUACCAGUACCUUGUGAUGCAGUUCAGCCGUGAAGAGGAAAUUACUGCAGAGCUCAACAUGACAGACGAGGAAGUCGCCAAAUACGACCGCCUGAAGAAAAAUUAUGAAGAUCCAACGUUCGAAGUCGUCUCGGGCGUCUUCCGGGCGCUCUCCGGCAAGAAGAUCAUUGGCACGGGCAGCUUCCAGAGCCACGACGGGCACGCCGGAGUGAAGGCGAACCUGAAAGCGGUGCAGGGCGACCUGUACAUGCUCGAAAAAUACAUCUUCUUCGUGUCGAAGCAGCCUACGCUGCUGGAGCUCUCGGAGCUGCACCAGGUCGUAUUCUCCCGGCUCGGCGCGGGGAUGGGCGCGACGGCCGCGCGCACGUUCGACCUGAAGAUCGUGACGCGGAACGGGCCCGAGUACACGUUCACGUCGAUCAGCAAGGAGGAGCACGACGGACUCGACGCGUACCUCAAGGAGAAGAAGGUCCGCGUCAAGAACGAGAUGAUGGAGGGCGAGCUCAUCAUGGGCGCCGGCGACGACGAGGACGAGGAGAUGCAGAGCGUUGCGAGCAGCGGCGAGGAGGUGCCCAAGCCCCGGCUGGGCGGCGACGACGAGGACAGCGAAGAGGAUGAGGACUUCCAGGCGUCAGAUUCGGACUCGGGCUCCCCAACCGAGAGCGACUCCUCUGACGGCGGCGGCAAGACCGCUUCCGACGCGAGCGGCGACCGCGAGUUCACCAAAGCCGCGAAGGGAAAGGGCAAGGCUUCCAGGAAGAAGGCGGCCGCGAAGAAAGCAAAUGGGAAGGCGCGAGAGAGUGGGCCUGAGGACGAGGAGAAGCCAAAGAAAGCAGCGCCGAAGCCCAAGCCCAAACCGAAGAAGGGGAGCGGGGACGAGGCGGAGGAGAAGCCGAAGAAGGCGGCGGCGCCCCGACCUAAGCCAAAGCCGAAGAAGGGCAGCGACGACGAUGCGAUGGACGUCGACGAGGAGAAGCCACGGCCAAAACCUAAGCCGAAAGCAAAAGACAGCGCAGAAGAGGGUCCAGCGAAGAAGAAGAUUAAGAAGUCGUCAGACUGA